UGCGAUCGUCGGAAUUCAAUUCAUACCCUCUUCAUUUCGUUCUUCCUCGAUCACCUCUUCCGGCAGCCUCUCCUCGAUCUUCUUCUCGCCGGCGAAAAUGGCAUCGGAGCAGUACAACAGCAGCUACGACACGACCGCCGAGAAGACGGACCAGGCGAAGAACGCCUUGGGCAGCACAGCCGAUCGGACCCGGGCGACCGGCGCCGAGAAGACAGGGCAGGCUCAUGACGGGGCUGCCAACGUGGCUGCCACCGUGCAGGACACGGCGAAGGGCGUCUGGGAUCAGACCAAGCACGCGGCCUCUGACGCCAAAGACACGGUGACGGACAAGGCCGUGCAGGCCAAGGACGCGGCCGCCGACGAAGCGGGCGCGGCGAAGGACGCGACGGCGGACAAGGCCGCUGCGACCAAGGACGCGACGUCGCAAAAGGCUUCGGAGGCCCAGAAUGUUGCCGCCGACAAGACCUCGCAGACCCGGAGCUCCACCGACGACACCGUCGGCCGAGCUGCUCAAUCCUCCUCCGAGACCACGGAGGCUGCCAAGGAGAAGACGAAGAAUACUCUGCAGAUGGGUGCUGAUGUUGUCAAGGGAGCCGUUUUGGGAGUCAAGGACGCAGUGACGAACCAAAAUCCACCUCAGUAAACAGGGCAAGGCUCUGUCCUGAACGUCCUUCAAACCUUGGAGGGCUAUGCAUAGCAUCGGCCUCCUGUUCUGUACUUGAUGAUUGGAAGUAGAAUGCGGAGCCUCCUUGUACAGCGCCGUCCUUUUGUAGAAAGCAUUUGAGUUGAAUUUGAGAUAUUUUUUGUGAAUAAUAAAUAUAUAAGCACAUAUUGUGUCACCC